GUUACCUCGAGCAUCAUCAGCAACAGGAGCAGCAGCAAAAGCACAAGAAGAAGAAGCACAAGAAGUUGACACUGUAGCAGAUUGUUAUCCCAGGCAAUGCAGCGGUAGCAGGAAGAGGAAAACUUGUGCUCAUGUCGCAGAUCCUCCUGCUGGCAGGCUAGCGAGUGAGUAAUAGAAGACUAUAACAGACAGACGUUGAAUUUCUAGUCAUCACUUGAAACGGACGAUGCACGAGAUCGUGUAGAAAAGAUUCUGCACCAGUUGGGUCCCUUGUUCGAAGCAACAGAUCUCUGCAACACCUCAGAAUUGCGAGGUACUUGUCUCUUCAGUGCAUGAGCAAUUGUUGUUGCUUUGGCUGCUGCUGCUCUUCUGUGUCCGAGGAUCUCUGCUGUGAGUGAUGCCGUCAGGGUCUGAGCUUGUGAGUACCUGAGCGUCGUCAGAAGACUGUGCGCCAAAAUCGUAUGCAGAUGAGAGGGUUGCUGAGAUUCGGGUGAAGUUGUUGAACGUUAACGGACUGCGGUGGCGUUGAUGGUCUUGGUUGCGGAUGAGUCGUGUUUCUGGGAAACCGUGGGAUGUUGCUUGUUGGUUAGUCAUCGUGAGGGAGAGUCGAUGACUUCUAGAUGUGUGGUUGUCUGUGAUGCUUGUGUUGCGAAGGGAGGUCGCCAUGGCAAACAGUGUAACGGACAAGCCGCCCUCGCAUGCUGGAAACUACAGCGAAAUGGAGUUGCAGAACCAGAGGCUGGAGAGCGAUCGAAACAUUCCGGACCCCUCCAUGAAGGGCAAGAUCAAUCGUCUCCUGUGGCACGGGGGAAGUGUCGGCGACGCGUGGUUUAGCGCUGCCUCCAAUCAGGUCGCUCAAGUGUUGUUAACAUUGCCCACUUCUUUCGCCCAACUGGGAUAUGGCUCGGGAGUCGCGUUCCAAGUCUUUUAUGGAAUCGUUGGGUGCUGGGCUUGCUACAUGAUCUCUUGGUUGUACAUGGAGUACCGCAUCCGCAAGGAGAGAGAGGGCCACAACUUCAAAAACCACAUCAUUCAAUGGUUUGAGGUGUUGGAUGGUCUACUAGGAUCUCGUUGGAAAUGGGUAGGCCUCACAUUCAACUGUACAUAUUGCCUGUUUGGAGCUGUGAUUCAACUGAUAGCAUGUGCGAGCAAUACAUUUCUGAUCAAUGAUCAUAUAAACAAGCGAGAAUGGACGUAUAUUUUCGGAGCCGUCUCGAUGUUGACCAUCUUCAUUCCAUCGUUUAAGAACUACCGCAUUUGGUCCUUCUUCGGACUCAUUAUGAUCACUUACACAGCGUGGUAUAUGACGAUUGCAUCCAUCAUAUAUGGCCAGACCUCUGGCGUAACGCACAAUGGCCCCGUGUCGAGGGUUUUAUACUUCACGGGAGCAACCAACAUUCUCUACACCUUUGGAAGCCACGCUGUGACAGUGGAGAUCAUGCACGCCAUGUACAAACCCAGCAAGUUCAAGUACGUUUUCCUGUUGGCGACGCUGUACGUGUUCACGCUGACAAUCCCCUCCGCAGUGGCAGUGUACUGGGCCUUCGGAGAUACACUUCUCACGCACGCCAACGCCCUGUCGCUGCUCCCACGAAGCGCCGCGCGCGAUGUGGCGGUAGUGCUGAUGCUCAUACACCAGUUCAUCACGGUGGGGUUCGCGGUGACGCCAUUGUACAUCAUGUGGGAGAAGAUGUUGGGGGUUCACCGCAGCAGCAGGGCGUGGGUGGUGAGGGCGCUGUGCCGUGCACCGGUGAUGGUGCCCAUCUGGUUCUUCGCCAUCGCGUUUCCGUUCUUCGGGCCCAUCAACUCCAUGGUCGGCGCGCUGCUGGUGACGUUCACGGUGUACAUCAUCCCGUGCGUGGCUCACAUGGCGUUCUAUCGCUCCGCCGCCUCGCGACAGAGCUCUGUGGAGAAGCCGCCACGUUUUCUUCCGAGUUGGACGGCUGUGUACGGAGGAAACAUAGUGUUAUGUGUGUGGAUUUUGGUGGUUGGCCUUGGCUUUGGAGGGUGGGCGAGUGUCACUAACUUCAUCAAGCAAAUUGAAACGUUUGGCAUUUUUGCUGAAUGCUAUCAAUGUCCUGUUAAGUCUGUUCAUAGUGUUGCAAAUGUCUCUUAUCACACAUGAGUUUAUUCUCAGAAGAGUUCAUUAGUAAUAACAGGAAUAGAAGACCUAAUUGUUGCCAUCCUUUCCUCUUCGUUUUAUAUUAAAUUUUUAAUACGAAUAUAUAUAUUUAUUAAUAUUCUAGGUUAUUUGUCGUGAUGAGGUCAUGAGGUGAAGAAUAACAGUUAUUUAUUGUAACCUGUUACAUGCAUGAAUUUGAUUUUUUGAUUUUUUAAA